GAGAAAAAUGAAUAUUUUUUGAAUAAAAUAACUGGCAUUCAACAAAAUUAUUCAUGAUGAAGAUUGAGGAUCGAAAGCCAAGAACUCGUAAUCGAAUCAUUCAUAGUUAUAAUGAAUCACCAGAAACAAGAUUAAUCAAAGUGCAACAUAUCGAUGGUGGUGAAAAUCACCAUUCUCAUCCAGAUCAUCAUUAUCAUCAUAGUCAUAAUUACCAUGGCCAUUAUAGAUAUAAUUAUUAUUUAAAGUUUGUAAUGUUUUUUAUACAGCUAUUGUUAAUUACCUCAUCCAUAGCCACAACGACAACAUCGAAAACAUCGACCACAACAACAACAUUAUCUCCGAUUGAUACAUUUGUUUUACAUCACCAUGGAGAUGGAAUCUUGUCAUCAACAUUUGCAAAUAAAUCAUUAUCAUCAUUAUUAUCAGCAACGUCAUUAUCAUCGCUAAACAAUUGUACAUCGGAUCAAUUCCGCUGUAAUAAUGGAAAUUGUAUACCUAAGCGUUGGGUUUGCGAUUUUCAAAAGGAUUGUGAAGGCGAUGAAGAUGAAAACCAAUCCUGUCCACCACCACAAUGUGAUCCAAACCAAUUCACCUGUGGUCAAUAUGUAUUCAAUAAGACUUAUUGUAUACCAUUACACUGGCACUGUGAUAAGAUUGUUGACUGCCAGGAUGGAUCCGACGAAGGAGAAACAUGCUCCUAUAGACCUUGUCAGCCAGAUGAUCAUGUAUGCCAAAAUAAUGGUAGCGCAAUAUGCAUUCCAGCAUUGAAAAAAUGUGAUGGUUAUAAUGAUUGUCGAGAUGAAUCGGAUGAAAAGGAUUGUGGCCAUAAUGGAACUGCAUGCCAAUUGAAUGAAUUUCGUUGUGCGAACGGUAAGAAAUGUAUUGAAGAAACAAAACGUUGUGAUCAUUGGAGUGAUUGUGGCGAUGGCGACCAAUCGGAUGAAGAGAAUUGUGAUUUCCCACCAUGUGCCUCCGAUCAAUUUCGUUGUACGAACGCUAUCUGUAUACCGGCCAAAUGGCGUUGUGACGGUCAUUCCGAUUGUAAUGAUGCUAAUGAUGAAGCUAAUUGCACCGUGGUAUCGUGUACGGACAAUAAAUUUCUAUGUCCAAUCGAAAAGAAAUGCAUUAAUCGUGAAAAAUUGUGCGAUGGAAUUUCCGAUUGUACGGAUGGUGCCGAUGAAAAAGAAGCCUGCUCCAAGAAAAAUUGUGAUUCGUUAAUGUGUGAAUAUAAAUGUAAGGCAUCAUUGAAUGGCGGUAUUUGUUAUUGUCAACCAGGCAUGACAAUCAAUCCAAAAGAUCAGAAAACUUGCAUCGAUUUUGAUGAAUGUCGCGAAUGGGAAUAUUGCGAUCAAUUUUGCACAAAUACACUCGGUAGCUAUCAAUGUCAUUGUGGUUCCGGCUAUCUGCUCGAACAAAAUCAUCAUUGUAAAGCUGAAAAUAGCUCGGAAAUGCAAAUAAUGUUUGUACAUCAUAGCUCAAUAUAUCGAAUGGAUAGUUCGGGCAAUUCAUUAGAAUUGAUAACAAAUGCAACGGCCGCAAGCGGUUUGGACUAUCAUUUUGCUAAAAAUAUACUUUUCUGGUCGGAUGUUGAAACACGGAAAAUAUACAGUAUUAAUCUGGAUCCUGAUCGACCGACGAAAUUUACGAAAGAAAUAAGCGUCUAUUAUGCAUGGACACCGAUAUCGAUUGCAAUCGAUUGGAUUGCAAAUAAAAUCUAUAUUUGCGACACACACAAUCAGAAAAUCGACAUCAUGGAAAUUGAUGGCAGUCAUCAUAGCAUUGUGAUCAGUCAAAAUCUAACAGCACCACUCGACAUUGCAUUGGAUCCUAGCCGUGGGCUUAUGUUUUUCACUGACAAUGAUAACAUCGACCGAGCUCUAAUGGAUGGCACACAACGAACGACAAUCGUAUCGAAUUAUAUCUAUAAGGCAACCGGCAUUGCAUUGGAUUAUGUUACACAACGUAUAUUUUGGUGUGAUUCACAAUUAGAUCAGAUUGUAGUCGUCAAUUAUGACGGACAACAGCGACAUACUAUCAUACGCGGCAGUACCAAAGUGCCAUCACCAGUACGGAUGACUGUAUUCGAAAAUUAUGCCUAUUGGACGGAUAGCACCCGACAAGGUGUUUUGCGUCUAAAUCUCUAUAAUAAUACCGAUAUUGAAAUUUUAUAUCGCGAACGAAAAAUUAUCAAAGAACCAAGAAGUAUACGCACUGUACACUCAUUACGACAGCCAAUUGUAUUCAAUCCAUGCAGCGGUAAUAAUGGCGGUUGUCAACAUAUGUGUGUGCUAACCCGUAAUGGUGAUCAAAAUUCAUUCGCACUUGGUUAUCGGUGUGCCUGCGAUAUUGGCUAUCAACUUACCGAUGAUUUGAGAAAAUGUACAAAAAUCGAAGAAUUUCUAAUGUAUUCUCAGCAAAAAUUUGUACGUGGCAUUCUUUUGGAGCCUAAAUUGAGUGGAUUUACCGAUGCUAUUGUUCCGGUUGUUAGUCGAUCGGCAAGAUUUGUUGGCCUUGAUUUUAAUGCUCGCACUAAUCAUAUUUUCUAUUCGGAUGUCAUACUGGAUGUUAUCUACAAAAUCAAAGUUGAUGGUACCGGCAAAGAAAAUGUUCUGGCAUCGCAAAAUGAGGGCGUUGAAGGAUUAGCACAUGAUUGGAUAUCGAAUAACCUUUACUAUAUCGACAGUCGUAAAGGAACAUUGAAUGUAAUCAGCAUCAAUAAUUCAACUAAUCGUCGUGUAUUGCUGAAAAACCUGAAACGUCCACGGGCUAUUGUUGUUCAUCCAAAUCGUGGUUACAUUUUCUAUUCGGAGUGGGAUCGUCCAGCCAACAUUAGCCGUGCCUAUUUAGAUGGGACCAAUGUGAUGAUAUUUCGUGGUGUUUUACUUGGCUGGCCAAAUGGCCUGAGUAUUGACUAUGAUAAUGAUCGAUUAUAUUGGUGCGAUGCAUUAUUAGAUCAUAUUCAGCAUGCUAACCUAGAUGGUACCGAUGUUAAGACCAUCAAUUCACCACGAAUUAAACACCCAUUUUCGUUGGUCAUACAUCGGGAUUGGCUUUAUGUUACCGAUUGGCGUUUGGAUGCCAUUCUCCGUAUGAACAAAGUUAACGGUAGUGAUGAAAAAAUUAUCAACACCGUUGAAGAAGGCAGCCGUUUGUAUGGCAUCCGUGUGUUCAGUCGAGAUGCGCAGAAAAUCGAAAACCUUCAUCCCUGUCUUUAUGAUAAUGGAAAUUGUGAGAAAUUUUGUUUCGCUAUACCGAGUAAUGAUAAUACAACCAAUGACAAACUUGUUGUACGCUGUGGAUGUCCAUACGGCGAAAAAUUAUCCAAUGAUCAACGUACCUGUGUGUCGGAUCCAGUAAAAGAACCACCACUGCAAGCAUGUCCGAAUUCAUGGGAUUUUACCUGUGAUAACCAGCGAUGUAUACCGAAAUCAUGGGUAUGCGAUGGUGACAAUGACUGUCUGGACGGGUCGGAUGAGAAACAAAAUUGCACGCAGCCAUGUACUAAUCGUGAUUUUAAAUGUGCCAGUGGACGAUGUAUACCGAUGGGAUUCAAAUGUGACAAGGAUAAUGAUUGUGGAGAUUUUUCCGAUGAAGCAGGCUGUGCCAAUAUAACAUGCAGCGCAAAUGAAUUCACAUGUGACAAUGGUCGUUGCAUAUCCAUGUCAUGGAAAUGUGAUAGCGAAAACGAUUGUGGCGAUGGUUCGGAUGAAGGCGAUUCCUGUAAAGAUAAGACCUGUUCAUAUUUUCAAUUUACAUGUCCGGGAAGUGGCCACUGUAUCCCACAAAGUUGGGUAUGUGAUGGCGAUAACGACUGUAUUGAUCAGGCGGAUGAGAAAAAUUGUCCGCCCAUUGUUUGUUCGAAAAAUCAAUUUCAAUGUGCCGAUAUGAAACAGUGUCUGCAUGAAAGUUAUCAUUGUGAUGGCAUGAACGAUUGCCAGGAUGGGUCCGAUGAAAAAGAAUGUCCUCAAACAUCAUCGAAUCAUUGUGAUCAGGAAAAACAAUUUCAAUGCAAAACAUCACGCAUUUGCAUACCGAAAUCGUGGUAUUGUGAUGGCAAUCCCGAUUGCGAAGAUCAUAGCGAUGAACCAUCAACGUGUGGCCAAAUAGAAUGUCCAAAUAAUCAUUUCAAAUGUGAUAAUUCUCGUUGUGUGUUUAAAUCAUGGAUUUGCGAUGGUCGGGAUGAUUGUGGUGAUAAUUCGGAUGAAGAUAAACGUCAUGCUUGUGGUGCUGCCAAAUAUGAUUGUCCGAGUGGUGAGUGGGCAUGUCCAAAUGUGACUGACCGUUGUAUUGGCAUCGAUAAAAUCUGUAACGAUCAUUCGGAUUGUCCGAACGGUGCCGAUGAAGGUCCUGGAUGUGGUUUGGUUAGUUGUCAACAGCAAAAUUGUCUCUAUAAAUGUAAGGAAACACCCGUUGGUCCAUUAUGUUUAUGUCCACCGGGUGAACGUUUGAAUGAUACGCGAACAUGUGUCGAUAUUGAUGAAUGUCAACAAAUUGGCACCUGCAGUCAUAAAUGUUUCAAUGAAAAGGCUAACGUUGCCGGUAGUGUGGGAUUCAAAUGUGAAUGUGAACAAGGAUAUCAACUAGAAAAUCGAACCUAUUGUAAAGCAUUGAAUCGAACAUUAGCCUAUAUGGUCAUUUCGAAUCGUCGAUCAAUAUUGAUUGCCAAUAUAACCAAUGUAUCAUUGGAACGGAUUCCGGUUCGUGUGGAAAACGUUGUAGCGACGGCGUCGGAAAUGUCAACAGGAAUAAUCUAUUGGUAUGAUAUGCACGCCAAGAAAAUAUAUCGCGUUAAAAAAGGUUCCAGUGAACCGGAGAUAAUAAUCGAUAGUGGUCUGGAUUUGGUCGAAGGUUUAGCUAUCGAUUGGAUUGCUAAAAAUCUGUAUUGGGUGGAUUCACGUUUGAAAACAAUCGAGGUAUCAACUAUAGAUGGCAAAAAUCAUAUUGUUCUGUUGAGCCAGAAUAUAAGUCAACCUCGUGGUAUUUGUUUGGAUCCACGUGAAGAUGCAAGAAUACUGUUCUGGAGUGAUUGGGGUGAAAAUCCACGCAUAGAACGUAUGGGUAUUGAUGGCAGUGAACGUAAAGUUAUUGUUAAUACAAAAAUCUAUUGGCCCAAUGGUCUUACGAUCGACAUUCCAACCAAACGUAUCUAUUUUGCCGAUUCCAAACUAGAUUAUAUUGAUUUCUGUAAUUAUGAUGGUACAGGUCGGCAACAAGUACUUGCGCAUAAUCAUUAUCUACUGCAUCCACAUUCAUUGACUAUAUUCGAAGAUACACUGUAUUGGACAGAUCGUCAAUUGAAUCGUGUACUGUCUUGUCAUAAGUUUCGAGGUUCAAAUCAAACGGUUGUCUCUCAUCUAGUCAGUCAACCAUUAGGUAUACAUAUCAAUCACCCAUUAUUACAACCGGAUUCGGUGAAUCCAUGUGCCAAAGCUCCUUGCAGUCAUCUUUGUUUAUUAUCGCCAAAACCACAAGGAUAUACGUGUAAAUGUCCACCUGGUUAUGGACAGGAUCGAUCUUCGUCGGGUGGCCGUUGUAUACCGAUCGAAACACCAUAUUUAAUGGUAAUGAAAACAACACAGAUUGUUGAUCUAAGUCUGACACCGAAUGAAAAAUCUGUUGGAUUUUUCACACCCAUCAUUGGCAUCGAGAAUGGUUACGAUUUUGAUUAUGACAAACAACAAGGUUUCACCUAUUACAUUCAAUUACGUGAGGAUGAUAAAGAAAAUGGAACACUCUACAAAGUCAGUUUGUUGGGUGGAAAUCAGACCAAAUUUCUGGCCGAUGGUAUUGUUGGUGCACCAUAUUGUUUAGCGUUCGAUUGGCUGGGUCGAAAUCUCUAUGUCGGCAAUAAAAAAGCAUCAAACAUUUUGGUAGUGAAAACGGAUGGUGAUAAAAAUUAUCGCCGUAUCAUUCUCAGCAAUGAUGGAACCGAAAAAGGUGUUGCCAAACCAAAAGCCAUCGUAUUGGAUCCAUUACAAGGCAAAUUAUAUUGGCUGGAUGAAGGUGGCGUUGGUGUGCCGCAAAAAUUAGCCAAAGCCAAUAUGGACGGAACAAAUCCACAGAUUUUGAUCAAAGAUUCUCUGCAUCAAAUCGAAGCGCUGACGUUUGAUUUCAACAAUCGUCGUAUCUAUUUCAGUCAAAGCUAUGUUGGCGUUAUAGAAAGUGUGGAUGAAGAUGGAAAAGAUCGUAAAACAAUAAUAACUACUUCAUCGGGCAUUGCCAAACCACAGGGUUUAGCCAUCUAUAAUAAUCGAUUAUAUUAUUUGGAUUCGGUCUAUGAAAAAAUUGUUCGUGUCAAUCUGCCGGAUGGCAGUAAUGCCGUGACGAUUGAAGAAAAUUCGCCAAAUCUGUCCAAUCUGAAAAUCUAUAGCAAACGAAUGGGCAUCGAAAAUCACCCCUGUCGUAAUUCGAAUGGAAAUUGUCAGCAUUUAUGUAUACCGGAUGAAAACAACCGCCAUAAGUGUUUAUGCAGUACGGGUUUUCGUACCGAUGGCCAAACCAAUUGUCAACCAUAUAAAUCAUUUGCUGUCGUAUCGUUGUUGACAAAAAUGCAAGGAUUCAGUUUGGAGGAUCAUGCUGAAGCCAUUCAACCGAUUGCAGGUGCUGGCCACAAUAUUCUUCAUAUUGAUGUGCAUGUUGUGAAGAAUCAUAUCUAUUGGGUGGAAUAUAACCCGGGUGAACGUAAUGGUAUUUAUCGUAUCAAACCGGAUGGAACGGAAAAAAGCCAUAUCAUCAGCGAAGGUAUCGGCAGUAAUGGUAUUCGUGGCAUAGCUAUCGAUUGGAUUGCCGGCAAUCUUUAUUUCACGAAUGUAUUUCCACAUGAAACCUAUAUUGAAGUGAGCCAUUUGGAUGGCAAAAAUCGAAUGGUAUUGAUCAAAACGACUACCGAUGCACCGCGAGAAAUUGCCGUCAAUCCGAUCAAACGAUAUCUGUAUUGGAUUGAUUAUGGACAAUUUCCCAAAAUUGAGAAGGCAUUAUUGAAUGGACAAAAUCGUACACCGAUUGUUGUCACCGGUAUAAGUAAUCCACGUGAUUUAACCAUCGACAUUGUCACACACGAUCUGUAUUGGGUGGAUGCACGUGAGGAUGCUAUACAAAAAGUAUCGUUUUCUGGUGGACGACGACAAUAUGUAUGGAAAAAUCUGCCAACACCAUACGGUGCUUCAAUACUUGGUUCACAAAUCUAUUGGGUUGAUCGUAAUCUUCGUACGAUAUUUCGCGGAAGUAAAGUUCCGGAAGUGGCACAAAGUCAAACACCCGAGCCAUUCAAAUCCAACCUAGAUACAUUGCGUGAUAUUGUUAUAUUCGAUGCACAGAAUCAACCACCGGGUGAUUCGGUUUGUUCACGUUUUAAUGAACGAAUUUGUGAUCAACUUUGUUUCGCAAUGCCACAAGGUUAUGAACAAGAUUAUAAAUGUGCCUGUUCAUCCGGCGUAUUGGAUGUCGAUCAAAAACGAUGUAAACAAUUGGACGAAUAUCUUAUUUUCACAACGCGCAAGGAAAUUCGCACAAUCAACCUGAAUGAAGCUAUUUCCAGUCCACCGAUUGUGCCCAAAACCAAUCUAACCAAUGUUGUGGGCCUUGAUUUUGAUUAUGCAAACAAAAAAAUCUUUUUCACCCAAAUCAGUCCCGACGGAACAAUAUCAUCAUAUCGAAUCGAUCGAAAAGAUGAUCCGCAUAACAUAAUUCUAUCGAAAGGUAUCAUUCCGGAAGGUAUUGCCUAUGACUGGACCAAUAAAAAAAUCUACUGGACUGAUUCGAGAAAUCGUUCGAUUUAUUCGAUGAAUGAAGAUGGAUCCCAGAUCGUGAUGAUUGUUCGUGUUGAACGACCAAGAGCCAUUGUUAUUGAUCCUUGCGAAGGUUUCCUUUAUUACACUGACUGGGGUCGAUUCGGAAAUAACGGGAAAAUUUAUCGAACAACAAUGGCAGGAAAUUUCAAACGAACAAUCAUCGAUGAUGAUCUUACUCAGCCAAGUGGUUUGGCUAUCGAUUAUGCCGAACGAAAGCUUUAUUGGACGGAUGCUUUACGAGAGAAAAUCGAACGUUCCAAUCUGAAUGGAACUGAUCGUGAAAUUCUAAUCUCAGCCACCAUCUAUCCAUUUGCCAUAACUUUGUUCAGAAAUUAUAUCUACUGGACUGAUCUACAACUGCGCGGUGUUUAUCGUGCCGAUAAAUAUACUGGUUCGGGAAUGAUCGAAAUGGUGAAACGUUUAGAAGAAUCACCACGGGACAUUCAUGUGUUUUCAUCACAACGACAACUUUGCGAUAAAAAUCCUUGCCAAAUCAAUAAUGGUGGAUGUGCACAUUCAUGUCAUCAGGCACCAAACAGCACGGUGGAAUGUCGUUGUAAUUCGGGAUUCAAGUUGGCAAAUGAAAAUCGAAUGUGUGUGUCCGAUACGGUUGAAUGCGAUGAAUCAAAAUUUUCAUGCGGAAAUGGAAAAUGCAUACCCAGAUUGUGGGCAUGUGAUGGUGAUGAUGAUUGUGGCGAUAAUAGUGAUGAAGAUUCAAUGUUUUGUGCUGUGCAUACGUGUGGUCCGAAUGAAUUCCGUUGUGGUAAUGGACGUUGUAUAUUCAAAACAUGGAAAUGUGAUCAUGAAAAUGACUGUGGGGAUAAUUCGGAUGAGGAAGACUGUGAAUAUCCGCCGUGUGCUGAUGGCGAAUUCACCUGUUCGAAUCAUAAAUGCAUACCGAAAGCACAAUUAUGCAAUGGAGUUAAUGAUUGCAAAGAUUCCAAUACAACCGAUGAAAACCAUAUAAAUUGUCCCAAUAACAAAACUUGCAUGGCAAACCAUUUGAAAUGUGAAAAUACCAACAUCUGUGUAGAACCAUAUUGGCUAUGCGACGGGGAUAAUGAUUGUGGUGAUAAUUCGGAUGAAAGUUCCUUGAUUUGUUCACAGCGUACAUGUCCACCGAAUAGUUUUCGCUGUCCGAAAAAUCACCGUUGCAUACCGGCCACUUGGUAUUGCGAUGGUGAUGAUGAUUGUGGCGAUAAAUCGGAUGAACCGGAGGAUUAUUGCAAAAGUGACAAACGAACAUGUUUUGGUGAUUUGUUUACCUGUAACAAUGGAAAUUGCAUCCCCCGAAUAUAUAUUUGUGAUGGCGAUAAUGAUUGUCUGGAUGGAUCGGAUGAAGAUGAACGACAUCAAUGCGAUACCAGACAAUGUGAUCCGGAACGGGAAUUUACCUGCACUGCCAAUAAAAAUUGGGGUCGAACACAGUGUAUACCGAAACGAUGGAUUUGCGAUGGCGAUCCGGAUUGUGUGGAUGGGGCCGAUGAAAACACAACAUUACAUAAUUGUCCACCGCCUGAAGCAUGUGAUGCCGAUCAAUUUCGAUGCAAUAAUAAUCGUUGUAUCAGUAAAGAAUGGGUUUGCGAUCACGAUAAUGAUUGUGGUGAUGGUUCGGAUGAACAUCGUAAUUGCACGUUCCGUGAAUGUCAUGAUGACGAAUUUUCAUGUCGUAAUACGAAAUGCAUACGCAAAACAUAUCUAUGUGAUGGUGAAGAUGAUUGUGGCGAUGGUUCGGAUGAAAAUCUAUCGCAAUGUAAACAACAACAAACCAAAUCCUGUCCGAAUGGUCAAUAUCGUUGCAAGAAUGGACAAUGUAUUGCAAUGGAACGUGUUUGCAAUAAACAUCUUGAUUGUGAUGAUGGUUCGGAUGAAUCGCCGCAUUGUAAUGUGGAUGAAUGUGCCAAAAUUGAUGUUAAUCGCUGUGAACAUAAAUGUAUCGAUGAUCCUAUUGGAUUCCAUUGCCAAUGCAAUGAUGGCUAUAAACUGAUGAAAGAUGGAAAAGCCUGCCAAGAUAUUGAUGAAUGUUCGGCAAUCAAACAAACAUGUAGCCAAUAUUGUUUCAACACACCGGGAUCGUUUAGUUGCAAAUGUAACGAUAUCUAUUAUGAACGGGAACCAGAUGGCCAUACCUGCAAACGACGUGAUUCGGAUGUAGAACCAUGGCUGAUAUUCAGUAAUCGUUACUACAUUCGUAAUUCAAGUAUCGAUGGUUCAUUAUACAAUCUAAUCAAAAUGGAUCUCAAAAACGUUGUGGCCUUAGAUUUCGAUUAUCGCGAACAACGUCUUUAUUACGCUGAUGUUGGCAAUAAAACAAUCAAUCGUAUUUUUAUCAAUGGAACUGGCGAACAAAAUAUCAUUCGCCAUGAAGCACAUGGUCUGGAGGGUAUGGCGGUCGAUUGGGUUGGAAGAAAACUAUACUGGAUGGAUCGUACAAGUAAACACAUUGAAGUGAGCGAAUUGGAUGGAACCAGGCGAAAAACAUUGCUUUCACGUGGAAUAUCCGAUCCGCGUGCUAUUGCAGUACAUCCCAAAAUAGGCUAUCUAUUUUUGACCGAUUGGGGUCAUCAUUCCUGUAUCGGUAAAAUGGGCAUGGAUGGACAGAAUUUUUCCAGAAUAAUUACCUAUGAAAAGAAAUUGGUAUGGCCAAACGCAUUGACAAUCGAUUAUUUCAGCGAUAAAAUUUUCUGGGCCGAUGCUCAUCUCGAUUAUAUUGAGUAUGCUGAUUUCGAAGGAAGAAAUCGACAUACUGUCCUCAGCGGUAACUCUGUUCCGCAUGUAUUCGCUUUGUCCGUAUUUGAUGACUGGCUUUUCUGGACCGAUUGGAAUACAAAAGGUCUGGCACGGGCACAUAAAUUUACCGGAGAAAAUUACCAAGUGCUUCGCAACACAUCACAUCGACCAUAUGAUAUUCAUGUGUAUCACCCAUUGCGACAAGUUCCAUAUGAUAAUCCAUGUGGUGAUAAAAAUGGUGGCUGUUCGCAUCUUUGUCUUAUCGCACCGGGAGGACAAUCAUUCAGCUGUGCUUGUCCAAAUAAUUUUGUUCUACUUCGUGACAAUAAAACCUGCAUAGCCAAUUGCACACGGGGUCAACAUCGAUGCGCUUCGAAUGAUGAUCGUUGUAUACCGAUAUUCUGGAAAUGUGAUGGUGAUAAAGACUGUCAUGAUGGUUCGGAUGAAUUGAAUUGUCCACCGUUUCAAUGUAAACCGGGAAUGUAUCAAUGCAGAAAUAACCAAACCUGUUUAUCACGCAUUCGAAUCUGUGAUGGUGUUCAAGAUUGUAGCGAUGGUUCGGAUGAAAGUUUCUGUGAUUCGGAUUGUGGUGAACAUAGUUUCAAAUGUCAAUCAACAGGUCGUUGUGUACCGAAUUCUUGGCAAUGUGAUGGAGAUAAUGAUUGUUCGGAUGGUUCGGACGAAGAUCCAGCUGUAUGUCACCAUCGUGAUUGUGACAAAGAUACCCAAUACAAAUGUAAUAAUGGAAAAUGUAUACCGAAGUUAUGGUAUUGUGAUUUUGAUGAUGAUUGUGGCGAUAGUUCGGAUGAGCCGGCCCACUUAUGUCGAAAUAGAAAUUGCAGUACAGGAUGGCGAAAGUGUCCAUCACGACAUAACUACCGUUGUAUUCCAAGUUGGUUGUUCUGUGAUGGCAAAGAUGAUUGUCGUGAUAAUUCGGAUGAAACGAAUCCAGAACUAUGCCCCAUAUGUCAUGUGACGGGAGAUUUUAAAUGUAAAAAUGACCGCUGCAUUCCAUUACGUUGGCGAUGUGAUUUUGAAGAUGAUUGUGGCGAUAAUUCGGACGAGAAUCCAACAAUGUGUGCCGAAUUAUAUCGUGAAUGUUCGGAAAGUGAAUUUCAAUGUAAUAACAAAAAAUGCAUACCAUCCAGAUGGCGAUGCGAUCACGAUGAGGAUUGUGAUGAUGGAUCGGAUGAAAUGGAUUGUAUGGAACAUGUUUGCAAGCCAGAUCAAUUCAAGUGCAAAAGUGGUCAUUGUAUACCGCACAAAUUGGUCUGUGAUGGCAAUAAAGAUUGCAAAGAUGUAUCCGAUGAACUGAAUUGUCCAGCCCGAUUCGCGAAUGGCAAGUAUUGUCAGGAAACACUGUUUGAAUGUAACAAUACGGUAUGUCUUCGUAAUGAUUUCCUGUGCGAUGGUGAUGAUGAUUGUGGCGAUAAUUCGGAUGAACAAGACUCACUAUGUCAGAAUUAUGAAUGUGAUCCAUUACGAAAAUUCCAAUGCAAAAACAAAAAAUGUAUACCAUUAUGGCAGAUUUGCAAUGGUCAUGAUGAAUGUGGUGAUGGAAGUGAUGAAAACAACCAUACAUUAUGCCGACGUUGGCCAACAACCUGUGCAUCGAAUCAAUUCAAAUGUGUCAAUGACAAAUGCAUUGAGCUGUCAAAAGUAUGUGAUCAUUUCGAUGACUGUGGCGAUUUAUCCGAUGAAAAAGGCUGCCAUCAAGGUGUUUGUAAUCGUGAAACCAAAGGCGGUUGUCAGCAUAAUUGUUCGUUAAUCGGUGAAGGCUCGUACAUUUGUAUUUGUCCAAGGGGCUACAAAACAAACGAAACGAAUCCAAAAUCAUGUGAAGAUAUUAAUGAAUGUGCCACAUUUGGCCAUAAUUGUUCGCAGAAUUGUAUCAACCUUGAAGGAACAUAUGCUUGCAGUUGUCGAUCGGGAUUCGAUUUCGUUGAAGAUCGUUGUGUGGCGCAAGGUGCAGCACCAGUAAUACUUUAUACAGAUGGAACCGAAAUCCGUUCAAUCGAUUAUAAUGAACAAUUACAAUCCAUGGUUGUUUCGGGUGAAUCCCGGAUACAAUCAUUGGAUUAUGAUCCAGUCGAUAAGAUUAUCUAUUGGAUCGAUUCAUAUGAUUCAUCAAUCAAACGAGCAAUCAUUCCCGAACUACAGGAUCCCAAUCAUGGCAUGGCAUUCACACAGGAUAUGAACCUGAAAAGUCAAAAUAAACUGAUCGAUAUCGAUGUGGAUUGGGUGGCCAGAAAUCUGUAUUGGACAGAGAUGGAUAUAUCGGUAUCGAAACCUCGAGGACGUAUUGUAGCAAGUUUACUGGAUGGUCGAUAUAAACGAUCGUUGAUAACGACAAAUCUGGAACGUCCAACAUCCAUUGCAUUGGAUCCUGAAUUAGGAAUAAUGUUCUGGACGGAUGCAGGAACUGUGCCCAAAAUAGAAACCAGUUGGAUGGAUGGUUCUGAACGUAAAGCAAUCGUCAAGGACAAAUUGGGUGUUCCGGCUAGCAUUGUUAUCGAUUUUCAGGCAGAUCAUCGAUUAUAUUGGUGUGAUAGUAAACUCAAUUCAAUCGAAUCAUCCAAUAAGGAUGGUUCGGAUCGUGUGGUCAUCAUGCACAGUGAAGCACAUCAUCCGAUUAGCUUGGAAACAUUCGAAGAUCAAAUCUAUUGGACAACUAAAGACACCAAUGAAAUUUAUCGACAGGAUAAAUUUGGCCGCGGUGUCAAGGUUCGAGUGAAAAGAGCAUCGGCUCUGACAACCGAUUUGAAGAUAUUUCAUCGUCAAAAAUAUAACACUUCUUUGCCCAAUCCAUGUCAACUGAAUCAUGUGAAUCCCUGUAGCCAUCAAUGUUUGCUGAUACCACGUGGAUAUCGAUGUUCGUGUCCGGACGGAUUGCAGCAUUCAAAUUAUGGAUCGAUUGCCAAAUGCAAUUCGGCAUUCGAACAUCCAUUGGCAAUGCCAUAUAAAUGUGAAUGCAAAAAUGGCGGAGCCUGUAUGUUUACGACCGAUGAGAAAAUAGUUUGCAAAUGUCCCGAUAAUUUUGAUGGACAAUUUUGUGAAGAUUCGGUGGCCAAAACAAAACUGAAUUCGCGGUGGAUAAUGCGAACAACGCCAUCAUUGUUGUUGUUGUUGUUGGCAUUGAUAUUGGCCAGUCUUGUAGUUGUAAUCAUAUAUUUUCAGAAGAAAAACCUCAAAACGAAUUUCGGGACAAAUCCGAGCGUUCAAUUUCGUAGCGGUACUAAUGUGGAAUUUAUUGGCCAAGAUUUUCGCCAAACAUCUGGUGAAGCGAAUAAUCAGGAUGGAGCAUCUGAGAAUGAUAUCAACCUAGAUGACAUUAAAACGACCGAUUUUUCCAAUCCAAUGUAUGAUGCAUUCGGUGGUGUUGGUGGUGCGGGUGCCAACGAAUCUGAUGUUGCACUGAGUAAAAAGAAAAACAACCUCGAUAACAACGGUACAACUAAUCUUCUGCACGAUCAAGAAAUGUUUGCCGCAACAAUCGAUGUGGACAAUACAACGACAUCAUCAUUACAACAGCAAUCUGGACAUCCGUUGGACAAUCGUUUUGGUUCGGCAAUAUUAUCCCCUUCAAGCAUAAUACACAAAUCAUCAGUAUCACCGCAAAUACGACAGACAGCAUUAAAACCAACAACAAUCGAUUCGGAUAAAGACACCAUUCAAUUGGUGGAGGAAGACCGAACCGAUUGAUCAUUUUCAAGAAAACAAACAAAAUCUCUCAAUUGUGAUAGUAUUUAAUUGAAACAAACAGACUAUUUUCAUAAAACAAACAAAAGUUUGAAAAACAUUAUUUUUGCCUUGAAUAGCAUGUUGUAUUUAUAUAACUGAUUAUAAAUUAUACAAUCAUUACCAUUAUCACUAUCAUUUCAAUUAUCAAUUAUAAUGGAACAAAUAUCUCUCUUCUCUAAAUAUACU